AUGUCCAUAAUGAACUCUUUCGUUAACGACAUCUUCGAACGCAUAGCCGCAGAGGCCUCGCGCUUGGCUCAUUACAACAAGCGUUCGACUAUUACUUCACGGGAAGUGCAGACCUCCGUGAGACUGCUGUUGCCCGGUGAACUCGCCAAGCACGCCGUGUCAGAGGGCACCAAGGCAGUCACCAAAUACACCAGCUCCAAGUAA